AGGGUUUGAGUUACUGCAGUGUUCUCUCGGGCUACACUAAUACCACCAGGUAAAAUGGCGUCAAGUGGAAGCCAACACACUGAACAACUCAAAGACAAAGUCUGUGUCGUUACCGGAGCCAGCUCUGGGUUAGGGGAGAGCAUCGCCAUCAUGUUCGCCCAGAGAGGGGCAUCUGUCACCUUAUGUGGCCGGAAUGAGGACAGGCUGCAGGCCUCCUUGACCUUGUGUGUUCAGGCCAGUGGAGGUCAAGCUGACCGCUUUUUGGCCGUGAGCGGGGACGUUGUCGACCCCUCUGCAAGGAAGGCGAUUGUGGAGAAGACGGUAGAGAAAUUUGGACGUCUGGACGUGUUGGUGGCUAAUGCUGGUGUAACCGAUCCUCAAAGUGGUAUUCUGACUGCCAGUGAAGAAACUUUUGAUAAAAUCAUGAACACGAACGUAAAAGCUGUGUUCUUCCAGAUUCAAGAGGCGGUGCCACAUCUAGAAGCAAGUAAAGGCAACAUUAUCGUUGUUUCAUCCAUGUCGACACUCAUGGCGUGCUCACCCAACAUUGUGUAUCCGAUGUCAAAAGCGGCAGUUGAUCAUAUGACCCGAUGUCUUGCUAUCGACAUGGGACCCAAAAACAUCCGGGUCAACGCUGUGAAUCCUUCCCUUAUUCCAACAAGAAUUCGCAGAGAUUUCGCUCCCGAUGAAGAAACUUUGGAUAAGCUGUACGCCCAAGCACUUGUCGCAGAAAUUUCAAAACAG